UUUUGAUCUUUUGAUCUUUUUGUCUGUCCUUCCUCUCUUCUUUGUUCUCUUCACUUUCCAUACUCUAUCUGAAUCUGAUGUAUCAACUCCCCUCCUCUUCUCCUCCCCUGGUCUCACUCUUCAGCCUUCCACCCGCCCCACCCCUUGUCCCUCCCCACCCAUGGUUAUCCCCGCCAGCCCGACAAUCACCGGCCACCAUCACGGUCGCUAGUCUCAGGUACACACCAUCUCGCCCGUGGCAGCCAACUGCGCAAAACACAGUACUACCUCUCGGAAAUCCCCUCCUCAAGACUCCGGUGCAGAUGACCUGUCCUUUGCUUUGGACUGUCUCACUGCAGUCAUCGUCUCUGACCUGUAGGAUCAGAAUUUCCCCAAAAACCCUCGAAAUCAGCCUUCCGGGGGAUUAUUCCGUCUCCGAUCUGUCAGGAUCGUGUGGGCUUCGCCGUGAAUGAUGACGACAUGGCCGGUUCUUGACCUCCGAUAGGCGGACUCGAGUCCGCAGCCUUCACUGCCAUGACAAUAUAACUAACUCUAUUUAUUCGGUUCUUCAAUCGCUUAGAGACCGAAUCAAUCAAUCAAUCAAUCUGUACCACGUAGUUUGACACACUUGCAACCUUAAAAAGGUCUUUUAUCAGGUCUACGUCAUACCACCACCACCACUAGUAAAUCUUCAAGUCGUAUC